AUGGCCAAGCUUGUGGCGCAAUGUAUGCGCCUGGGCCUGGUUUUAAUCCUGGCCGCAGCCGUGGCCCAAUCCGAGCCUGUCAAGGCUGACAGCAACAAGGAGUCGGCGCCGCUUUCCCUGCCCAUUGUGCAGACGAGCACUGAGUCGCCAAUUGCGGACAUGGCGCUGAUUGAGGAUGCCCCAGUGGUGCCCAAGAUGCCCACAGAGAAGCCACCAGUGGCGCCAGUCAAUGCCAGCGACACGAACAUGAACACCAACAAAUCAGAGUCCAGUCCCAAAGUGGAUGAGAAAUCGGCUGAGCCGCACACCGUUGCCGACUUUAUUAUUCAUCCGUUGAUUGCUUUCAAACCACGCCAAGCGACGCUGGAUGAGUUGCAAGCUCAGGGUAAACAGGCAGGGGGAGGUGGGGGAGGUGCUUCAACCUCCUCACCCAGCACUUGGCUGUUCGGCAGCCCUGGUCAAGGCUUGGGCUCCUCCAUCUCGACGCUUGCGGGAUCCGUUUCCGGUUGGUUCAGCGAUCGUUUGCCUGGCUUGAACGGCCUGGUAGAUACACCUGUGCGUGAUGGGACCAGAAGCACCACCCAACGUCCCGAUAUUGUAGUCCGUGUUCAGCAGCGUCCCAAUCGAAAUGGCAAUCGCAAUGGUAAUCGCAAUGGUAAUCGCAAUGGUAGCGUUAAUGGUAAUGGUAAUGCUAACGCAAACGCAAACGGUAAUCGUAUCCAGCGUCCAAAUCGCAUCGACAAUCAUGUGGACUCUCUGGAUGUGCAGGAGUAUGAUGAUGACGAUUACUUUGAUAGUGAUCACUACGAUGAGGAGUUCUAUGAUGAAGAAGAGGAGCUGGAUGACUUGCUCCUCCACGAAGACGAUGAUCAGUCAUCGCUGGAGCAUAUCGACAAUAAUGCUGAUGAGGAGCGUCAGCAAUCCGCUGAGGAGCAGCAGGAGCAACAAGUCCAACAGCAGGAGCCAAAUCAGAAGCGACGUCGCCCCGCUGAAGUGCAGUCGCAGCGACGCAAGCAGCAAACCCAACUGCAGUCGGAGUCGGCGUCAGCGGCAGCGUCAUCUUUAGCGUCGCAGUCGCAAACGCAAACACAAACGCAGCGCCGUCAGCAGCAGCAGCAGCAGGUAGUAAGGCGUGGUCAACCGUUAGCUCAGCUGGAGCAAGAGGAGGAAGGAGACGAUGACGAGGAUGCGGAUGUAGAGCUGGAGGAUGACGAUGAUGAGGAUGCGGAUGCGGACAAUGAGCAGAGCUUCUCAAAUGUAGUCUACACACACACCUCACGUAAGUCGCCCAGCCAAACGGGCUUCAUCCAGAAUGGCCAGCAGAGCUUGAUCAAUCAGAUACGUCGCUUCACCUUUGGCCAGACACCCGCUGAAAUAAACACACAACUGCGCAAAUCCCCCAACAGCCAGAUACUCUCGAGACCCGCUGCUGGUGUCCGUCGCCCACAGCAGGCGACCCUGUUGGUCAAUCGCAAUGGCCAGACCGUGUAUGUGGCGCCCGAGAUGCUACACCUGAGUCCCGCCUACACCAACUAUGGCUAUGUGGCAGCCCCAACCAAGAGGCAGCGUCUGCCCGCCAGACCAUAUCCACAGCCACCGUUGACUGUGCCGCUGCGUCGCAAGGGAAGCCCCACACAAUACAUCACGAUACCCUGGAGCCAGCUGGGUAUUUCGUCGCCCGAACGCCAAUCGGUUGUGUCGGUGGCCGAGGGCAUGCAAGCGCAGCCGCUGAUUUUGAACAUACCCGAGAGUGCCAUCAGUUCGGUGCCCAGUAAGAAUGGCCAGAAGAAGAAGAGGAAGCGACCGACUCUGACGGCGGCAGCGGUGCCCCUACUUGCCGACGCCUCGCUGAUGGACAUCUUUCAGCCACCACAAAUCCCCCCCUCACGCACCAGCUCCGGCAACAAGUCCAAGCCCGUACUGAUUACCGCGAAGCCAGUUCAAGCAGGCAACGCUGCCGGUUUCCUGCCGACGCGCAUCCGCCCCGCCACAAUUGUGGAGAAAGCACCCGCCAUGGAGACACCCAUGGAUUCGCAGUCGGAGAGCCAACCUCAAGGCCAGAGCGAGCAACAGCAGACGGCGGAAACGUCGCCAGUUGUGACCGUCGAGCAGCAGCAGAUGCAGAAUGCGGCGCAGCAAAUGAUGCCCGAGCAGGAGUUCAUCAUUGUGGGCGACGACAACGAGCCGGGUCUGUCGCGCCAUGUGCAGCCCGUCUAUGGGGAUGCCCGCUAUGUGUCCUAUGACGAUUUCCAGCCCUACCUUGAUUUAACGCAUCAGAACCGACGAUUUGCGCUCCGCAAGGUGGGACGUGCUUUGGAGCCGGUGUCGGAGGACAAUUCCUCUGCCGAUUUACCCUCUGCCCGGGUCUAGUUCUACUAAUAUAACGAGAGCAUAUACUGAU